CUCUGCAGGCUCACAAGUCAGAGAACCAAAAAGUUCAGACUCUCUAGAAGGGAAGAGAACGGACAAAAACACAAAAACAAUAUUGCAUUUUUAUAGCCACAUCUUCAGGAUUCAAUUUCAGUCUCAUCUUUCUCCAUAAUAUCUACACACAAACCAGAAAAACCAGAAAAAAAGCACAAGAAAUGGAAACUUGGUUCAUCAUCCUGUUUUCUUUAUCCCUCUGUCUGUUCCUCAGCUUCAUCUUCUCCAUCCGAAAACCUUCUCACAAUCUCCCUCCCGGACCUUUCUCCAUUCCUAUCAUCACCAGCCUUCAAUGGCUUGUCAAAUCUUUCUCAGAAAUCGAGCCCAUUCUUCGCAGCCUGCGUGCAAAAUACGGUCCUAUCAUCACUCUACGAAUAGGUUCUCGGCCUGCAAUCUUCGUCACUACUCAUUCUCUUGCCCAUCAAGCACUAGUCCAGAACGGAGCUGUCUUCGCAGACCGCCCUCCAGCGCUUGCAGUCAGCAAGAUAAUAUCGAGUAACCAGUACAACAUCAGCUCAGCUCCCUAUGGACCAAGAUGGCGGCUUCUACGUCGGAACCUCACUUCUGAAAUCCUACAUCCUUCGCGGGUAAAAUCUUACUCACAAGCUCGAAAAUGGGUGCUCGAAAUCCUCAUCAAUCGCCUCAAGAAUCAUUCAGAAAGUGGCGAGUGGUUUCAUGUUAAAGAGCAUUUUCAUUACAUCAUGUUCUGUUUAUUAGUUCUCAUGUGUUUCGGAGACAAGCUUGACGAAGAGAAGAUUAAAGAAGUACAAAAAGUUCAGCGUAUGAUGCUAUUGAGUUUUGGUCGUUUCAACAUAUUGAAUUUCUUGCCGAGUAUAACCAGGAUUUUAUUCCGGAGAAGAUGGGAAGAAUUGUAUAAGCUUCAGCAGGACAAGGAAAAUGUAUUAAUUCCUUUGAUAAGAGCAAGAAAGAAUGCGAAACUCGAGAAUUUAAGCAAAAUUAAAGAGGAUAAUGAAGAAAAACAAGAGUUUAUAGUAUCAUACGUCGAUACGCUCCUGGAUUUGCAGUUACCAGAAGGGAAUAGAAAGCUUGAAGAAAAAGAAAUAGUUAGUCUAUGUUCUGAAUUUCUUGAUGCUGGUACAGAUACUACAUCCACAGCCCUGCAAUGGAUAAUGGCAAAUUUGAUCAAGUUCCCACAUAUUCAAGAGAAGCUACUCAUAGAAAUUAAAGAAGUUGUUAGUGUUGAAGUGGAAGAGAUCAAAGAAGAAGAUUUGCAGAAGAUGAGUUACUUGAAAGCAUUGGUUUUGGAAGGACUGAGGAGGCAUCCUCCGGGGCAUUUUGUGUUGCCGCACGCAGUGACACAGGACACGGUUCUUAAUGGGUUUAGGAUUCCAAAAGAUGGCACUAUAAAUUUCAUGGUCGCGAAUAUGGGUUUGGACCCAAAAGUGUGGAAGGAUCCCAUGGAGUUCAAUCCUGAGAGGUUUCUGAGUAAUGGCGGACCGGAGGCAUUUGAUAUAACAGGCAGUAGGGAGAUUAAAAUGAUGCCGUUUGGUGCAGGGAGAAGGAUUUGCCCUGGAUUUGGUUUGGCAAUGCUUCACUUGGAGUACUUUGUGGCUAAUUUGGUUUGGAAUUUUAAGUGGAUGGCUGUUGAUGGAGAUGACAUAGAUUUGUCGGAGAAGCAAGAGUUUACUGUAGUAAUGAAAAAUCCACUUAAAGCGCAUAUUUCUCCCAGAAUUAAUUAGCCCCUAAAAACAUCUAUUAGUUCAUAACUUGUCACAUACUGAGAUGACUGAUAUGAAUAUGCGUAUAGCAUUUCUGCAUCUUGUUUAGAAAUACUAUAAAUAAAGAGAAGUUUAGCUUUAAA